AUGAGUUCUCGGAAAGCGCUAUACCAUGCGUUUUGCGUAGCAUCGUCUUUCAAAGAACUCGCUAAAGGGAGCCUUUCGAUAAGCAAAGAGUCGCUGCGUUCUUGGUUUGAAACUUCGUCGCUAACUAGGCCAGCUCUCUCGAACUACCAAUGGUUCUACGACAAAGAGUGGGAAAAGGCUAGAAAAUUAUCUGAAAGGGUUAGAUCCGAUUAUGAGAAGUCCGAGCACGCUACAAAACACGGCACCCGCACCAAAGCAUCAGGCCCCAAAAAGACUGUCAGACAUUAUUCAACCCGCGCCAAGCAGUCUUCGCAUCAGCUUCAAUCCAGGCAGUCCGAAAAGACUGAUGCCGCUGUACAGAAUACUCAGGAAACUAGCGAAGACACGCCCCGAAAAUUGCAAAGUUCGAGCAUUCCGUCAUCGCGGAUCUCGAGACUCUUCCAUUACGGCUCUCUGGCCGCUGGUGUUGGGUUUUCAGCCGCAACUGAUGGCUUGAGUCAAGCAGUUCGUGGUCAGUCUCCUAAUUUCAAGUCGCUCUUACUAUCGGAUGCUAACAUUGAGCGAAUAGUCAAAAAGUUUUCGAAGAUGCGCGGUGCAGCUCUCAAGAUCGGCCAGAUGAUGUCAUUUCAGGACGAAAGUGUGCUACCUAAAGAACUCUAUAUUGUUCUUUCUAGGGUUCAAAAUGGAGCCAACUAUAUGCCUCAAAGGCAGCUGGACAGAUUGAUGACUCGCGAGCUAGGGAAAGGUUGGAAGGAUAAAUUCGCCCACUUCGAUUUGGUUCCCAUGGCAGCUGCAUCGAUCGGCCAGGUGCAUGACGCAGUGCUGCCUUCUGGCGAAGAAGUUGUGGUCAAGGUACAGUAUCCAGGUGUUAAAGAUUCGAUUGAUUCCGACUUGAACAACGUUCUUAUGUUUUUGACUGCCUCGCGACUAUUGCCUCGCGGGCUGUUUUUAGACAAAACCGUAGCAAACGCAAGGACAGAGCUGAGAUGGGAAUGUGACUACAAGAGAGAAGCAGCCGCGCUUCAAAAAUUCGAGCAACUACUAAAAAACGAACCUGACCUUGUUACUCCGCGUGUAUAUGAAGACCUUACCACAGACAGCAUAAUCACGAUGAGCAAGAUGCACGGCAAAGAAAUUAUGAAACUACCCUUAACGGUAUCUCAGGAAACGAGGAACUUUAUUUCAGAGACGAUCAUGCGGCUUUGUUUGAGGGAGAUCGCUGAGUUCCAGUUCAUGCAAACUGAUCCUAACUGGGCGAACUUUCUGUACAAUGGUUCAACACAAAAGCUUGAGCUUCUGGACUUUGGCGCCUCACGAAACUUUCCUGAAGAGUUUAUCUACAAAUAUCGCCGCAUGUUGACCGCUGGUACACAGAGAGAUCGCGAAAAAGUGGCUCAUUUUUCUAAGGAGCUUGGUUACCUAACAGGGCUUGAGUCUAAAGCAAUGGUUGACGCGCACGUAGAUUCUGUCAUGGUGCUGGCAGAGCCUUUCUGCGGCGACACUGAAUCAUAUUUUGAUUUUUCUGAGCAAACUGUAACAGACAGGAUAAGAGGAAACAUUGGCUUGAUGCUUAAGGAAAGACUUUGCCCGCCCCCGGAAGAAACUUACUCGUUACAUAGAAAAUUCAGUGGCGUGUUCUUGCUGUGCGCCAGAAUGAGAGCUCAGGUCCCUAUGGCGAAACUAUUUCAGGAACACUUCGCUCUUUAUGAGUAA